AUGUGGAUAGUCAGUAAGGAUGCCCCCCGGCGAGCCAUUCACGCCGUCAAAGUCGGGCUUGCACUCACUCUAGUCUCCAUGCUCUACCUCCUCGAGCCCCUCUUCGAAGGGAUCAGUCAGAAUGCCAUUUGGCCCGUCAUGACUGUCGUCGUCGUCCUCGAGUUCACCGUCGGGGUGACCUUGUGCAAGGGGUUGAACAGGGGAUUAGGCACCAUCUUGGCGGGUUCAUUAGCGUAUCUAAUCGAGUUCAUUGCCGAGGCAACAGGGCAUGUCGGAUGCGCCAUCUCAUCGGUUUGCGCGGUCUUCAUUAUUGGUAUGGAGCUUUUUCCAUCUCAAUCAUCUGUUUCUUUGGUGUCGUUUGGAAGUUGUGAUUUCAAAUGGGCGACGACUUACCUGAGGUUCUUGUCGUACGUGAAGAAGAACUACGACUACAGAGUCGUCAUCUUCCUCCUCACCUUCAAUCUCAUCACCGUCUCCAACUUCCGGGUCAGCAACGUCAUGAAGAUCGAGCACGACGGUGGAGGUUGGGUCAGUUACGAUAUGAGGGUUUGUAGAAAAGAAAUUAGUUUUAUUUUUAUUUUUUAA